AUGGAGGACAGCGCUCAUGAACGGGACCUCGUCGUUGGAUGGUUAUUGCACUCUGUUUUGAAACUUCAUGGAACCACAGAUUUCUCCAGCAGGCGCUAUUUUUCUUCCUGGUAUUUUCUUUUUUUUGGAGAAAAUGGAAUUCUGAAGAAUGUAAAGGACAAUACUAUUCAGAGCAAACUUAGAAAUGAAAGAAUUGAUCAUGUAUUUUUUGUUUCUUGUCUUUCAGGGCAAGUUAAAGUGUUCAGAGCUCUUUAUACGUUUGAACCCAGAACUCCAGAUGAAUUGUACUUUGAAGAAGGUGAUAUUAUCUACAUUACUGACAUGAGUGAUACCAAUUGGUGGAAAGGCACCUCCAAAGGCAGGACUGGACUAAUCCCGAGCAACUACGUGGCUGAGCAGGCAGAAUCCAUUGACAAUCCAUUGCAUGAAGCUGCAAAAAGAGGCAACUUGAGCUGGUUGAGAGAGUGUUUGGACAACCGAGUCGGUGUUAAUGGCUUAGACAAAGCUGGAAGCACUGCCUUAUACUGGGCUUGUCACGGAGGUCACAAAGAUAUAGUGGAAAUGCUGUUUACUCAGCCAAAUAUUGAAUUGAACCAACAGAACAAGUUGGGAGACACAGCUUUGCACGCUGCUGCCUGGAAGGGUUAUGCAGAUAUUGUCCAGUUGCUUCUGGCAAAAGGUGCUAGAACAGACUUAAGAAACAACGAGAAGAAACUGGCCCUGGACAUGGCUACGAAUGCUGCCUGUGCAUCUCUCCUGAAAAAGAAACAGGGAACAGAUGCAGUUCGAACGUUAAGCAAUGCCGAGGACUAUCUUGAUGAUGAAGACUCAGAUUAAUUCCCCCUGGAGCUUUGAGAUCUAAAACUUCUGUUGCUUUUGCCAUUUCGAAACCUUGUCUUUGCCAGAAGAGUGUUGGUAACUGUUUAAAAAAAAAAGUCUAUAUGAACACGGCAGUAUUGCACGGUGUUUGAGCAGAGUGUGUAAAUGAAUAGUUCUCACCUUCAGUUUGCCAAUAAGUGACUGGAUAUUCUGCUGUAUAAAGUACAUUUCUGUUCACCAGAAUAGAACAAGAAGAUAUUAUUUCUAUUUAUCAAGCUUAAAGGAAUUUUAAGAAUUUUUUUCUUUAAAAAUAUCAGGAUUUCUUUUAUAGUUAAAGUUCUUUACCUCAAGGAUUGAGAUAUUUUGGGUGGACUUUUCAAGUGGGGAAUGCUUAUUAUAAUAAUAAACCAAAAGACUUCACAGAAAAUCGUCAGCUCUGCUGACAAAAAUAAAAUUUUAAGAGGCUAUUUCUUUUGUCUGUUUUGUGCUAUCACUCUUUGCUGGUGAAUAAAUAAAGCUUUUUUAUAUUUAUAUUUAGGCAAAGACUAAUAUGAUUUUUUAAAAAUUAUAUUUUGUAUUAUUAGCACGGAAGAAGCAUAGUAGCCAAAUUUCUGUUCAGCUUUCUAUCUCUACUUCAGUUAACGUCAAGACAACAAUCACUAAGAAGAUACAUUCCCAAUAAAAUAUAUUAACUUUAAUAAUUAUGAGACUUUCAGUUUUAUCUCCAGUGUUGUACUUAAUGUGAAGAAACCCAGCAACUCAUUAGUUUACUUAAGGUGUGAAAGAUUUAAACAGCUGAUUUCCUUAUUGCGGGAGAUGCCAUAGUUUUCUGUAACGGAGUAGCCAGGAGCCAUAAACUUUUUUCCACGUUCAGUUUUUCAAUUUGGUAACAUAUAUUUUCUCUAAGCAUGGCUGUCACUCAUGAUCUGGAUUCCUCUUCUAAAACAUCCGUGAAACAUUGCAGGGAGCCUUCUGUACCACUGAAGUGACACUUCAUUUGAGAUUCUAAUUUUUUAUUACUACAGUGAUGAUAUUAAACAUGACUUGGCUUUCUAAGAUUAUGUAACUAUUCGUUUAUUUUAUUCCAGUAAUUUUAUUGUGUAUUAUUUCAAUUUUUAAUAGCUAAAACUUUGAUCCACCUGAAAAUUGUAUGGUGCAUGAAAUGAGGUAAGAAUCUACAUUUUUAAUAAAAUUGUUAAAAAAAAAUGACUUGUGGGCCCCAGGCCCACAAGUAUAUUUUGCAAGAAGACUUUGAUGCUAAUUUCAAAAAACACAUUGGUGAAGAGAAGGAAAUUUCUGAAAAGGAAGUGGGUUAGCUCAGGAAAUGAAUAACUGCCUCUAGAGGAGUUUCUUCUGUCUGUGACUUUGGUUUUUCUCUCCGUGGGUGCUUUGAGAAAGGACACCCUGAGAAACCUGUUUGGGGUCUAUCCAAUAGCCCAAUCAAUUUUUGUAGAAAGACUUCUAUACAAGUCGUGACAGCAAAAGAUGAGCACAAAAUCUGAAAUAAGUAAAAAAGGGUGUAUUUUAUUUUCAAAACAAAUAUGUCAUUAAAUUUGGAUGAAUUUAUAUUUCUUUGUAAGCAUAAACUUGAAGAUAUGAAAUUCUUGUUGAAAUUCUAUUCCCACAGAACCUUUUAAGGAUUUGUUUUUUCCAAAUGGGGUUUGUGCCCUAAUAAAAAGCUUUUGGAAAUCUCUUAA